AUGGUCCACAUUCGGUAUCCUGUAUUGAUAGGUAUGUCGACAACCGAAGGUGAAAACAAGAAAGAGAGGAAGAAAGAGAAAAAAAGGCGUAACUAACAUUUCAAAAAGUCUUUAUCCUCACACUCAUUGGUGCAGCUUAUUUGGGCUUUGCGCAGAUUGAGGUUGUUCAUGACAAACUCCUACAUUUCGUGAUCUUUUGCAUUCUAACGGUUGAGUUCUACUUUAUCUUCGACGCUCAGUUCAAGUCGCUCAAGAUUGUCCGGUACCUCACGGUGGCUGUGUGCACUUUUGGAGGAAGUAUCAGUCUGGAGGUGGUGCAGAAGUUUGUGAAUAAGGAAAGAGUGUUUGACCCGUAUGACAUAUUGUACAACAUAGGAGGCAGCUUACUAGGGUUGGCUAUAUGCGUUGCUCAUCUGAAUUAUAGAAAAAGUAUAGCCAAGAGGGAAAGGUCAAGACACCUCCGGAUGGGUGGCGGUGCUGGUAGCAUUGAAGAAACCAUUAUGUUGGAAGAUGAGGCUGGAUAUAAUAACCCCAACGAGCAAGGAGAGAGUGGACGGAACACUCCUAGUGAUAAUGUCAAAGCUCAGAUGAAGGAUUGA